UGAGCGCCAUAGUCGAACCAGCAAAUAAGGCAUGAAAGGAAUCAGUAAACCACUUUUCACUACUCUCUCUCUCACCUCAAAGCUCCUUUCCACUUCGAAACUCUCGAAACCCACCAAGCUUUUGCCGUCUCUUACUGCACCUUUCUCUUCCGCCGCCAGGCCUGGAAUUAAAGACCCAGAAACCCCACCAACUCCCAACAAAAGGGACUCUCUAAUUCUCGAGCAAUUCAAGCUCAGGAAACUUAAGGGCACUGUAAAUGCUGACCCGCAAAGCAAACGGCGGACACCGGUAUCGACGCCUAGUUCUACAGGUUUUGAGAAAGCUGGGGGAUGCAGUGAUGUUGUUUUGGAGAGUGAGAACUGUAGACCUGCAAAGGUGGUUUCCAGUUUCCAAGAACUGGGGUUGAGAGAGGAGAUAAUCGAUGGUUUAAAGGAAAUGGGUAUUUGGGUUCCGAGUGAGAUUCAGUGUGUUGGGAUCCCUGCUGUUUUGGAUGGAAAGAGUGUUGUAUUGAGUUCUGAAUCUGGGUCUGGCAAGACUCUGGCUUAUUUGCUGCCACUCCUUCAGCUACUUAGACAAGAUGAGGCAAUAGUUAGCAUGAGGCCCAAGCAUCCUCGAGCAAUUGUGUUGUGCACCACGGAAGAGCUAUCUGAUGAGGGUUUCCGUGUGGCGAAGUUUAUCAGUGAUUAUGCGAAACUAAAAUCUACAAAGAAAAACGAUAAUGACAAGUCAAAGGAUCCCGAGUAUCUGUUGAAUGCCCCAAUCGGAAUGCUAAUUGGUACACCUAGUGAGAUUCUACAACACAUAGAGGAAGGCAAUGUGGUCUGUGAUGACAUAAAGUACUUGGUACUGGAUGAGGCUGAUGCAAUGUUAAGCCAUGGGUUUCAUCGUGAAACUAGAAAGAUUUUAAACUCAUUAAGGGAUCAUGGAAGACUGCAAACUGUGCUAGUUACUUCCACCACGGCUGAGAUUCUGAGAAAAGAAGUAUCCCCUGUCAUGGAGCGUCUGGAGCACAAUCAUGCCGGAAAAGUGAGUGCAAUAUUGCUGGAGGUGGAUCAAAAAGAGGCAUUUGAUCUCCUUGAGUCUCAGGAUUCUCUGAACAAGAAGGUGGCUGAAGCUAUGGACUCUCUGUAUGCAGAUGAAUUAGGAUCUUGAUGUUAUAUCUUCCCAAAAUUAAUGAGAUUUUCUUCCAAUGAAAUUAAAAUUUCUGCGACAUGUUUCUAACAAUUUUAUAUCUUCAUUUAGUGAAUUAUCAUCUAUUUAAAG